GGUAUUCGUUUCCUUUUUUUUGUUCAGCGGCAAAUUUAAAUCAACAGAUUACAGGAAGUUCUGGAUGAAUCAGAUGGCUGUGGAGGAAAAUUCUCUUGCAUAAUUGUAUCAGAAAAAUUCACAGGGAAACCGCUGCUGGCCCGUCAUCGGCUUGUCAAUACGGCGUUACAAGAAGAAUUACAAAGUAUACACGCGUUUUCGCAAAAAACUUACACUCCGCAAGAGUGGCUGACACAGCAGCAAAAGUAAAAUGCACAGAAGCUGUAAUAAUCCUGGUUUGUGUUUCAACGUGUCUGCGCCUGGCAAAGUGAUUCUGUACGGUGAGCAUUCCGUUGUACAUGACAAGCUCGCUGUCGCUGCUAGUUUGGGACUCCGUACAUAUCUUCACUUCGAUGAAUGCCCUUCAUCUGAUAAUAUUCAUUUUGAUAUUCCCGCAGUUAAUUUGGAGUACAGCGUCAAUUUUACGGUUCUGCAACAAUGGAUGAAUAAUCUAUUAGAAGACAACGGUUCAACCAUCACCCUAGGACCCGAUUUACUAGAUCAUGCAGAAGUGGUCACAAGUGUACAAUCAUUUCUUAAAAGCAAUAGCAAAGUCGAGUUUAAUGAGCAACAACUUGCUUCGUUAACAGGAAUUUUUUAUUUACUAUUUGGUAUUUUACAUUCCGUAAACGAGUUGAAGCCAUUUACUGUUACACUUGGGUCUGAUCUCACCCUGGGUGCUGGAACCGGUAGUUCUGCAUCGUUUGCGGUAACGGUUGCUGCAGCUUUCGUCUAUUAUAAACAUUUUAAGUUGCUCUCAGCAAAGUUAACAACAUUUUCUGACGAUGAAAAAAGUUUAAUUUCUAAAUGGGCAUAUUGCAUUGAGAAAAUUAAUCACGGUUUGCCAUCAGGUAUCGACAAUGCAAUUUGCACUUACGGGUCUAUGGUAAUGUUUCGUAAAAGUGAAGGCAUGCAGCUGAUGUCAACUUGCGAAUUUCAAUUGUUACUAAUAAACACCGAGGUUUCUCGGUCGACCAAACAGAUAUUAAAUAAUGUAAUCGCUUUAAUGCAAAAUCACAAAGCAGUAAUAGAUUCAGUAAUGGCCACGAUGGAUUUAAUCGCUAAGAGCGCUGUUAGCUGUAUAAUAGAAAUAACUAACGAUGUGAACAAUCCGAUUUUGUAUCAGAGAUUGGGGGAACUCACCCACAUAAAUCAGUGCAUGUUAGAAUCUUUAGGUGCCUCGCAUCCGACAAUAGAUAAAAUUUGUAGUAUACUCAAAGCAAGUGGGCUUAAUGGAAAAUUAACUGGAGCUGGCGGCGGCGGUUACGUUAUUGCAAUUAUUCCGCCUUAUGUAUCGAAAAAUCUACUAAAUGAUUUAAUUGAACAAUUAAAUUCGGAAGGUUUCCGUACUAAUCUGACAAAGUUGGGUGGUUUGGGAGUUAGUAUUUCAUGAGCGCAGUUCUUUGCUGUCUUAAUAGUAUCAAUGGUGGUGUGUGGUUUCGAUAGAAUAAGUGGUAUUGGUAAACGUUGGAAUACAAUAUUUAUUAAAAUGAUAUUUAUUAUUUUUA